AUGAGAAACAACAAUCAAACAAAAAGAAUAAAAUAUGAAGAUGAAAAGUUCGGUACAGAUAAAGCAUCAAAUAAAAGAUGCAGCAAAGAAAAUGUAGAAUGUAAGGUAUUUUCAAAGAAAUUUCGCUCAAUAAAUGAUGAAAAUUAUGUGCAUGUUGUUCACAAUUUAGAAAUUAAGACAGAUUUUAUUCCCACAGCAAUGGUAAGAAUCGAAGCCGAUGGAUUUAUUUAUGGUCCAUAUAGGGCAAUGUUAGACACAGGGGCUCACAUCAACCUGAUGGUUGACAGGUUGAGAAGAGAUUUAAAGGUACAAACGAAACAGGCGUCAGGAAAGCUAGUAGGUAUUAACGGUAGUCCAUUUACAAUAACACGACAAGCCAUGGUCAAGAUAUUACCGUGGUACAGUACAGACUCUUUCAAAAGCCACGAAAGCGAAUCAUUUUGGUUUCUUCCAGAAGAAAGUCAAUGGAAUCCCAUUCUACCUACACGUACGACAGAGGCUGUUGAAGUAGGCAACAUAGACCCACAUAAAUAUGCAGAUCCAGAAUAUUAUAAGUCAAGGCAAAUAGAGAUUUUGUUGGGAGUAGAUUUUUUCGCAAAAUCCAUAAAAUCAGUAUUUAAGAAAAAUGAAGAUGGUACAGUUUUAUUAGAGACGACGCUAGGUUUAGUAGUACUAGGCUCAAAUCUGUUCAGGUACAAUGAUCAAGUAAAUGUUUGUUCAACUGUAGAAUAUUCAGAAAGCGACCAGUUAGAUAAUCUUCUAAAGAGACUCUGGGAAAUGGAUGAAAUCAAGUCAUGUUCUCAGAGAACAGAAGAAGAAGAAUUGGUAGAACAACACUUCCAACAAAACCACUAUCGUGACAAAGAUGGUGUAUUUGUGGUAAAGAUGCCACUCAAAGAAGAGUUUAAAGAUAUAGGCAGCUCACGAGAGACAGCUUUGCGUAGGUUCACAUAUCUAGAAAGAAGAUUAGAGAAAAAUGAGCAGAUGAAAAAUGCUUACGUCCAGAAAAUGAGAGAAAGUAUCCAACUAGGUCAUGUACAGGUAGCUAAUAGAAGCCCUAGAGCUAGCAAUAUAGUCUAUUAUAUACCACAUCAUUGUAUAGAAAAGAAAUUCCGUAUAGUAUAUGAUGCAAGCUGUCGCACGAAUAAAGGUAUAUCAUUGAAUGAAAUACAAAUGUUAGGUGAGAAACUGCAAAGGGACUUGCAUGAGAUAAUCAUGCGCUUCAGAAGACAUCGUAUAGCAAUUUGCGCUGACAUUAAGAAGAUGUUCAAUCAAGUCAGGCUUAACAAAGAACAAUGGGAUCUACAACGCAUAUUUUGGAGAGAAAACAGGUAUGAACAACUCAAAGAAUACUGGUUAACAGUCGUCACAUUUGGUCUGACUUCGUCAGCACACCUGGCAGUGCGUUCAGUACUACAAGCAGCCAAAGAAGCUCAACACAACUACCCAGAAGCAGCCAACGCAAUUAAGAAUGACUUUUAUAUAGACGAUUGUGCCACUGGUGAAACCGACGAUAAGAAAGCCAUUCAGUUAGCAAAGGAGAUGUAUGAAAUAUUAAAGGGAGCUGGUUUCGAAUUAUGUCAGUGGAAAUCAAACUCCAAGAGAUUCAUGGAAGAACUUCACGCUGGCACAGUUGACCCCACCAUGGUGUUUUCGGGGGAAGAGAAAUCAUCCAUUUUAGGCCUUAAAUGGCUAAUUGUUUCAGAUCAAUUCACUUAUGAGGUGAAAACACCACGUCUAGUAGGGACUCUCACCAAAAGAAAAGUAGUAAGCUGCGUAGCACAGCUCUAUGACCCAAACGGCUAUAUUUCCCCAGUCACAGUAAUAGGGAAAAUAAUCAUUCAAGACAUUUGGAGAUUAGGUACAGGGUGGGACGAAAGAGUCUCGUCAGGUAUAGAAGAAAGAUGGAAAGAGUACUGGAAUGGGAUAAUGGGCCUAGAGAAUUUUCGUAUAGACAGAUGGUUAGGCACCACUGGUGCAUCAGGUAUACAACUUCAUGGUUUUUCAGAUGCCUCAAGUGCAGCCUACGGUGCAGUUAUUUACGUUCGUACAGAAAACACAAAUGGCACAGGUAAAGGGAGGUUACUCAUAUCAAAGACGCGUUUAGCCCCAUUAAGGACCAUCACGAUUCCCAGGUUAGAGCUAGCAGCUGCAGAGUUGCUAUCAAGGUUGUUAGUAGAAGUAAGAAAUUCCAUGGAAUGGAUAGAUACGCCAUGCUUUCUAUGGUCAGACUCGUCAGUUGUACUGCACUGGAUAAGGAAGCUUCCAUGCGACCUAAAAACUUAUGUUGCCAAUCGUGUCUCGUCCAUACAGUCGAACACACAGGCUAAAUGCUGGCACUAUGUCAAUACAAAAGAAAACCCAGCUGAUUUACUGAGUAGAGGUGUACAGACGUCUGCGUUAGCAGACAAUAAACUAUGGUUGGAAGGGCCCAAGUGGCUCCAACAACCACGUACAGAUUAG